CAAAAUGCCGCCUAAACCCUCACCGUUCUGAUUUCCCACGACGGGAAAUUCCUCUGACGAAGCUAAGCCCUAACGCCGACCACAGAGCUCUCCCGGGGCCGGAAUCGUUGCUACUGUUUUGCUCUCACUUUCUCCACCACAUUGGAGCCGGGAAACUGAACUCUCGAUUGACUCUAGAAUCGGGAAAUGUUGUUGUCCUGUUCAAGGAAUAGAGGUGUUUGAACUCUUGCGAUCGCCUAGGCGUGAAUAAAACAAAUGGGACGUAAUGUAUCAGAUGAUUCAGAAUCUCCAAUUAGGGUGCGGCGGUCUUCUCCUAGAAGGAGCCCGUCCCGGAGAGGAAGAUCACCUACGAGGCAUAAAAGCUCCCAUAACGGCAGUUCUCCAGCAAGAGACAAGCAUUCUAGUCGUGCUAAAUCUCCAAAGCAUGGGAGGUCAACUUCUCCACGACCUCGAUCUCCUUCUCCAAGGACAAAACGGUUGAGGAGAGCUGCUGAAAGAGCUCCUGAAAAAGCUAGUGAUAGAGAUCAUGAAAGGAAUCGUGGCAGGGGUAAUGAUAGAGAAGCUCAUCGGGAAAGAGCUUCUGAUAGGGACUUAGGAGGUGAGAGAAAGGAGAGGAGUUCUAGACAGGAUGUUAAGGAUGGAAAAUCUUCCAGUUCAAGACAUGGGCAUUCUGCUUCUCCAUCAGAACGCCCCCACAGGAGCCGCCAUAGGUCUCCAUCACCUCAGCCAGGCUCUGAUGCCAGAAAUCAUGAUGAGGUGAGAAAUUCAAGAAGAGCUGAAAGCCGGAGUGAUGAGGAUGAUUCAGUGGCAAAGAUGAAAGCUGCUGAGGAAGCUUUAGAAGCUAAGCAGAAGGACAAACCUUCUUUUGAGUUAUCAGGAAAGCUUGCAGCAGAAACUAAUAGAGUAAGAGGUGUUACGUUGCUGUUCAAUGAACCUCCUGAUGCUAGAAAACCUGAUGUAAGAUGGCGACUUUAUGUUUUUAAGGCGGGGGAAGUUUUGAAUGAGCCUCUUUAUAUACAUCGUGAAAGCUGUUACCUCUUUGGGAGAGAAAGAAGAGUGGCAGACAUUCCUACUGAUCAUCCGUCCUGCAGCAAGCAACAUGCUGUGAUCCAGUUUAGGCAAGUAGAAAAGGAGCAAUCUGAUGGUAUGAUGUCAAAGCAAGUAAGGCCUUAUUUAAUGGAUCUCGGAAGCACAAAUAAGACUUAUAUCAAUGACACUGCAAUUGAACCCCAACGUUAUUAUGAACUUUUUGAAAAAGACACUGUGAGAUUUGGCAAUAGCAGUCGUGAAUAUGUUCUGUUGCACGAGAAGUCAGCUGGAUGAUAAGCGUUAAAUGUAUUUUAGUGUGUCAGUCGAUUCAUCUUGCGGGGGAUCUGUUUCGUUGAGGCUUCGGAGAUGUUACCAUCAUCAGGAUGGCGUGAGUUCUUUGCAAACCAUUCUAGAUUUAUCUCUGUGAUCAAUACCCUCAAAGAAAAUAUUUUUAUGCUAUAUAACCUACUAAGCAUGUGUUGAACAGUGACUUAUUUUCAAGUCUACUAAUAGUAAAAUUUUGACUGCUCUUAACUAGCUGCUGCAUCUUAUAGAUAAUUGUAGACCAAUGAGCUGCACUUUCAAGACCUUUAGUAAUCAUUUAUUUGAUCCAA